AAAAAACGAAGUAAAUCAUAAAAAAUGAAACCCAAUAACAAAUGGUCUCAGGAUAUCCCUCUUUGCAUCAUACUAAGUGUAAAGGUAACUCCUUUAAUCAUGAUGAGGGUAUGGCCUCACUAAAUGAUUCCCCUGGGUGCCAGUUCUUUGCCUUAUAUGGAGCAACUUUACCUUCCCACCAGCAGUGUAGGAGUUAACAGUCAGUGACAGGGAACAUACCAGCACUGAAUGGGUUACCAGGGACAGUCAGUAAGGGCCACUCCAUAACCAGCCAGCACUGAGAGGGUUACUGGGGCUGCUGGGAAAGUUGCCCCGGGAGCAGACGCCCUAAAAGCAGCUCUGGGCACGUCCUUCUCCUGACCGGCAGCGCAAGGGUUAUUAGCGCCAGGGGCAGCCGGCAGUGCAAGAGUUAAGAGUCACUCCCCGGCCGGUGCUCGGGGGUCCGGCUCUGCCCCGCACUCCGGUCGUUCCGUCAUUUCCUGUGGAAGAAGAUGGAGCUCGGAGCUGCCAGGAGGAGCAGCAGCGGCGGCGGGGAAAGGAGUCGGAGGAGUCGGUGGCCCUAAGCGCGACCCCUCGCCCCCCGCAACCGGACCCCCUACAUGUUCUCCGCCAGCCAAAGGAGGGCACCAUGAGUGAAAUUAGCAAGGAAUGUCGGGUGGCCUUCAGCCCCAGCCUUGGGGAUAUUGUGAGGGUGAAGAGAGAAGUGGGCUCUCCAGUUGAGGAGCAGGGGUACGGCCAUUUCCGCUCUGCGGGGCCCAACUCUCGAUGCAUGGACAUGGAACCCAAGAGGCCGAAGGAGAAGAGAGAGAGCGCCAUGUCCAAAAGUCUCCACCAGGUGGAUUUUUGGUUCUGUGAGUCCUGCCAGGAAUACUUUGUGGACGAAUGCCCGAGUCACGGACCUCCCAUCUUGGUCCCGGAUACGCUAGUCCCCAUAGGGAUGCCGGAGCGAGCAGCGAUGACGGUGCCCUGUGGGAUAGAAGUGGUGAAGGACAGCAGAGGGGAGAGCGAAGUGCGAUGCGUGAAUGAGCUCAUUCCCAAGGGGCACAUGUUUGGCCCCUACCAAGGGCAGAUCUGCUCCCAGGACAAAUCGUCAGGCUUCUUUUCAUGGUUGAUCGUGGAUAACAACAACAGAUAUAAAUCCAUCGAUGGCACGGAUGAAGCCUAUGCAAACUGGAUGAGGUAUGUAGUCAUUUCCAGAGAGGAGCGAGAGCAGAAUCUAAUGGCUUUCCAACACAGCGAGAAGAUCUACUUCCGUGCCUGUCGGGACAUCCAGCCUGGGGAGAAGCUCCGAGUGUGGUACAGCGAGGAUUAUAUGAAAAGACUUCAUAGCAUGUCUCAGGAGACCAUUAACCGCAGCCUCACCCAAGGAGAUAAGAGGUUGCUAAGGAAAAAUAAUGAAAGAAAUUUGGAAAACCAAGAGGAUAUGAAAGGCACUUUCCCACUAGCUACCUUAAAGCAGGGAAAGAGCCUGUACAAGAGGAGCUGUGAGGAGGCGGACUUGCAUCCUCACACAAAGAAGAAAAAAAUAGACCUCAUCUUCAAAGAUGUCCUUGAAGCUUCUUUGGAAUCUGCCAGGAUAGAUUUGUUUACCAGUAGCCCUGUGUCAGGGCAAAAAAAUACUAAGUAUCCUUAUGAGAACCAUGGAGAUAGGUGCAGAAUGAAUCGGCAGUGCUCUUCUCCUCAGAACCAAACGAGAAACAUGAGGGACUGGAAAACAAAGCAUGUCUCUGCUUUGGGGUUGAACAGGCAAGGCAGCUUUCCAGAGGAUGAGGGAGAGGACCACUCAUCAGUAAAAGCAGAGAGCCCCACGGAGUCUUCUGCGAUAGGUGACAUAGAUGAAGUCCCGACCACUUCUUUUUGCCCCAACUGCAUACGGUUGAAGAAGAAAAUAAGAGAACUCCAGGCCGAGUUGGAAAUGUUGAGGUGCGGCAAGAUGGCUGAAACCGGCCAGAUGACCAAUCAGAUCAAUGAGAUUCCAGAGUUUGCAGAUGCUUCAGCCCCUGAAGGCAUGGCCAUUGCUACCACCAUGAUCGAUGACGAUGAACAAGAAGUGGACUCAGCGGACGAAUCAGUCUCCAAUGAUAUGAUAGCAGCUGCUGACGAACCUUCAAAAAUGUCUGCUGGGAGCGGCAGAAGGAUUCGGCGUUUUAAGCAAGAAUGGCUCAAAAAGUUCUGGUUUUUGAGGUACUCCUCCACCUUAAAUGAGAUGUGGUGCCACGUCUGCAGGCAGUACACCGUGCAGUCUUCGCGGACGUCUGCCUUUAUCAUUGGUUCCAAACAGUUCAAGAUUCAUACCAUCAAACUCCACAGCCAAAGCAACCUCCAUAAAAAGUGCUUGCAACUCUACAAGCUCAGGAUGCAUCCAGAAAAGACGGAGGAAAUGUGCCGAAACAUGACUCUUCUUUUCAAUACCGCAUACCACUUGGCGAUGGAAGGCAGGCCUUAUUAUGACUUCCGACCUUUAGCAGAACUACUGAGAAAGUGUGAACUCAGAGUGGUCGACCAGUACAUGAACGAGGGCGAUUGUCAGAUCUUGAUCCACCACAUCGCCAGAGCACUUCGAGAAGACUUGGUCGAGCGUAUCAGACAAUCCCCUUUCCUCAGCAUUAUUUUGGAUGGACAAAGUGAAGACUUGCUGGCCGACACGGUGGCAGUUUAUGUCCAGUACACUAGUAGCGAUGGGCCACCUGCUACUGAGUUUCUCUCUCUUCAAGAGUUAGGUUUGCCCACGACAGAGAGUUAUCUUCAGGGAAUCGACAAGACUUUCUCAGCAUUAGGAAUCAGGUUGCAAGAGGAGAGGCCAACCGUAGGCUUGGGAGUGGAUGGAGCCAACAUCACCGCAGGACUUAGAGCAAAUUUGUAUAUGACAAUCAGGAAAACUUUGCCUUGGCUACUAUGCUUACCAUUCAUGGUACAUCGGCCCCAUUUAGAAAUAUUGGAUGCAAUUAGCGGUAAAGAACUUCCUUGCCUAGAAGAAUUAGAGAAUAAUCUGAAACAGCUGCUUAGUUUCUAUCGGUACUCUCCUCGACUGAUGUGUGAGCUGAGGCUUACCGCUGCAACCCUGUGUGAAGAGACUGAGUUCUUAGGUGACAUUCGAGCUGUGAAAUGGAUCAUAGGAGAGCAGAAUGUUCUCAACGCCUUGAUUAAGGACUAUCUAGAAGUGGUGGCGCAUCUCAAAGAUGUCAGCGGCCAAACGCAAAGAGCGGAUACGUCUGCAAUAGCACUGGCCCUCCUGCAAUUUCUCAUGGAUUAUCAGUCAAUUAAGCUUAUCUACUUCCUGCUUGAUGUGAUCGCAGUCUUGUCGAGGCUAGCCUAUGUCUUCCAAGGUGAGUACCUUCUGGUUUCCCAAGUGGACGAAAAAGUGGAAGAGGCCAUACAAGAGAUCAGCCGGUUGACCGAUUCCCCCGGCGAAUACCUCCAGGAGUUUGAAGAAAAUUUCCGGGAAAGCUUUAACGGUAUCGCCUUGAAAAAUUUACGAGUGGCUGAAGCCAAAUUUCAGUCGAUUCGGGAGAAGAUCUGCCAGAAGACCCAGGUUACGUUGGCUCAGCGGUUUGAUUCCCGCAGUCGGAUGUUUGUAAAAGCGUGCCAGGUUUUCGAUCUGUCCAUGUGGCCCAGGACCACCGAAGAGCUCAUCAAUUACGGUGAAGAAGAUAUGCUACAGAUUUAUGAACUUCUGGAGACCAUUCCUAACUUCCUAAAUGACCUGGGUAGGGAAGGUGCUGACACUAGGGGCAACCUACUAAUGGAAUGGCGGGAGCUCAAAGCCGAUUACUGCACCAAAAGUGGCUUCAAGGAUCUCAUCGGCCACAUCUGCAAAUGCAAGCAACGGUUUCUGUUUCUCAAUAAGAUUGUCCAGAUUCUGAAGGUCCUUCCCACUUCAACUGCCUGCUGCGAGAAAGGCCGCAACGCCCUGCAGCGGUUACGGAAAAACAACCGCUCCAGGCUGACACUGGAUCAAAUGAGCGAUCUGCUCACCAUAGCAGUGAAUGGUGCCCCCAUCAUCAAUUUCGAUGCCAAGAGAGCUCUGGACAGUUGGUUCGAGGAGAAAUCAGGAAACAGCUACUCCUUGUCGGCGGAAAUGCUUAGCAAGAUGUCUUCGCUCGACCAGAAGCCAGUACGUCAAUCCAUGGAGCACGGCGCAGAGUUUUAUCAAGACAUUUGAGGUGCUACAGCCCUGGAACUGUAGGAUAUUUUUUUUUCUAUCUAUACUCUAAGUUUUUGGUAUAUUAUAAAAAAAAAUUAAAAUAUAUAUAUAAAUAUAUAUUAUAUAUAAAUAGAAAAAGAAUCCCACUAAAAUUACCAAUGACUGAGCCUUUUCCUGGGAAUCUCACAACAGGUAAAACAUAUUUCUCACUUCACGUACGGCAGCUGGGAUUUAGAGUGCGGUCUCCAUGUGGCCAGAGAGGGGGCGCUCUCCUGACGCCCAAGCAUGUGUUUAUCAAAACAAGGUACUUUAAUUGUCUUUUUUUUUUAAUUCUACAAGCUUUUGGGUUCCUGUUCCUAAGCUAAAACAGGAUCUACUUCUGUUGUCCUUCUGCAUUUGCAACUUCCCGGGAAUCCGUGAGAAUUUUUAUUAUUUAAUCAAUAAUUGUUUUGUUUUGUUAAAUAUGUAUUAUAUAUCUUUAUACUUUAAACUAGAGGGGAGGGGGAAAAGGAAUGAGGUGAAACAGCGAUUUAAAGGGGACAGCUGCCAUAAAAUGAACUUAGAAGAAGGGAGUAGAAGGUAAUUGGCUAGUGAGGGGUUCAUUAUUAAAUACAACCGGUAUUUUCAAUUAUAAUUGGAAAAACAUAUUUUAAAGGGCAACUAAAGCUUGUUAGAAAGUAUAUAUUUUCCAGCCCUUGAAAAGAGCCCUUCAGUGUCCUUUCAGUGUGGCCCUUCUCCCAAUCCCUGCAAGUCUGGACUAAAUGGGCCCUGGCAUUUCAAGUAGAACCCUGCUCUACAGAGAUGAAUGCACUGUGCCCAUAAAACACAACCCCAGUUGGGGCAGAUUAGGGAACAGCAGUCCUAUAGCAUAAGAAGACCUAAAGGUAUGAGAACGUAAAACAGCUGAAGCUUUAGUUGCCCUUAAAAAGACUUAAAAAAACAAAUGACCAUCUGAAAAGUUUGUUUUUUCAGGUCUGUCUAUAACUAAAAGCUAAUUUAUAAGGAGAUGUAAACAUUUGAAACAUAUUAAUGCAAAAGAGCACUUCUGCAAUUUAGAUUUUUUUUUAAGACGUUGUCGGUUUUUACCCUUUUAAUUUGAUGAACGUGAGCAGCAGCGCCACCUGCUGUUCGAUUCAUCCAACUGGACACAGCCGAUAGAAAAUGAAGUUAGCGAGGACAAAAGAGUCCUUAGUUAGUGAGCAAGGAAAAGUCAUCGGACGUUUCUCUGGGCAGUUUUAAACAAAACAAUAUCGCAGACUUUCCUUUUCUCACUAACUUAAUUUGUGUCCAAGUGGGAAAGAACGAGCAGCAGGUUAAAGCUAUAUCAAUGACAGUUCCCCUUUAAAUUGUGACGUCACUGACUGGGGUCAUCAGUUCACUGCCUCUUUUCCCAUCGGUUAGUCCCUUGAGCUUCAAAGAGCCCCUGAAUGUAACAUUUGAGAGCCUUCUUGGCUACCAGAGAUGGCCAAGGGAUAUCCACCUAGCACUGCCUUUCGAUGGGAGAGGUGACACAAAGGAGCAUUUAACCUAAAAUAUGUAUCAUAUAAUGCAGUUCCCUGUAACAUUUGCAGAUGAAGCGGAAGAAUUUAAAGGGCCGGUAACACCGUAAAAGUGAAAGGCUUAAGCAUAAUAUACCGUUUCCUUACACUGGUUUAUAUAUUGUAUAUAUAUGGUGCUGCCACACAAGUUUUCGAAUACAAUGGUUUUAGUACUUAAAGGGGUUGUUCACCUUUGAGAUAAUUUUUAGUUUGAUGUAGAUUGUGAUAUUCUGAGACAAUUUGCGAUUUGUUUUCAUUU